AUUAAAUAAAGGAUGGCAGAUAACCCGUAGAUAGGCUCCAAUCUUAUGCAAUCUAAUGUAAAGUGUAAAUCUUGAUUAAUCAAAUGUCAUUUUGACAAUGAAUUUUCUGUUUACAUUAUUUUUCUGAAUGCUAAUAAUUUCAUUUAAAUGGGCACCUAAUAAUUUAUUUUUGUAACUAUCUAGCAACUUUAUUGAAAUCAGUUAUUUUUAUAAUGUUUCUUUGAAGUUAAAGAGAGUGCAGUCAUUUCUGCUCUGAUCAUUGAUAUAAAAGUAACGGUAAAGGUGAAUAUCUCAGGAAGGAAAAGUCCUUCUUCCUAUUGUAAUGCCUGUAUUCUGAAGAAUUGACAUUACGAUCACUAUACUACCGUACUACUCUUUAUCGGAAGAUUUCUUACGCUCAAAGUUAAAUUUGUCGCUGAACGACAUGUUCCCGGAAAAAUCACUGCAUGUAUAUUGUAAACCGACCCUACUGCCAUAUAUCCAAAAUACGUUAAAGAGCUUCAUUUCCAUGGCAAAUAGUGGUAAAAUAAUGAAAAAGAGGCAAUACUUCUAGAGGGCUGAAUCCCUCUAUCAUUAAUUCAAUUCAAUUCAAUCAUUUAUUGCUAUUACAUGUUGUAACAAUAUGGGUCUUAAGUUAUUAAAAGUAUAGAAUCAACAUGAACCCUGGAAGAGCACAGCAAUCACAUUAAUAAAUAUUUCAUAAAGUAUAUAAAUAAAUUUUUACAUUAUAUAUAUGUAUCGUCGAUUAACAUAAAUAAGACAUUAUUACAUUAAAACAAAUAGACAUAUAAUCUUGGUUUGCUAUGGUACUGACCUAAAGUAAUUACUGUAAUGCCAUCAUGAGUAAACGUAAGAAUCCAUCUAACAACAGUAAUGUAAAUGCAGAUUUUUGUGACUUUUUAAUAGAAUUAUCAGAAUAUGAAAAAAAUGUUAGUCGUAAUAUACAUAAAUACAAUGCAUAUAAAAAAGCAGCAAGUGUUUUAGCUGCACACCAUAAAAGAAUUGAAUCUGGAGAAGAAGCUAAAAAAUUAAAUGGUAUUGGGGAUAAGAUAUCAAAGAAGAUUGAUGAAUUUCUGCAGACUGGUAAACUUAAAAAAUUAGAAAAUAUCCAUCAAAAUGAGGAGGUACAAGCUGUGAACUUGCUAACGCGAGUGUCGGGGAUAGGGCCCGUAAAGGCAGCACAAUUUGUUAGAGAUGGUCUCAGAACAAUAGAAGAUCUAAGGAAAAACCAGGACAAAUUAAACCAUCAUCAAAACAUUGGUUUAAAAUACUUUGAAGAUUUCGAAAAAAGUAUCCCGCGAUCAGAAAUUGAAGAAAUAGAAGAGAUUCUAAAAAAAAAUAUUAACUCUAUAGGUGCCGAGUUUAGUGUAACUGUUUGCGGUAGCUACAGAAGAGGAAAAGCUUAUAGCGGAGAUAUUGAUGUUUUGAUUACACAUCCCUCAGUCAAGGUAUCUGAUGGAAAAAAGAAGCGUGGCGGUGAAGUUUUAAAAAAACUAAUCAAUAAACUAAAUGAAAGCCUUAUCACUGACACUAUAUCAAUAGGUGCUACUAAAUUCAUGGGCGUUUGUCGGCUGUCAAAGGAAUUACCGUACCGCCGCCUAGAUAUAAGACUGAUACCAUGUGAGCAGUAUUAUUGCGCAGUUCUAUACUUUACUGGGAGCGAUGUGUUUAACAAGAGUAUGAGGGCACACGCACUGGAACAGGGAUUUACACUGAAUGAGUAUUCCCUGCGUCCUAUAGGUAUUACUGGCGUUCCAGGAGAGCCGAUCCACAUUACCUCAGAAGAAGAAAUUUUUGAAUAUAUUAAUUACCCAUAUAAGAAGCCUGAAGAACGCAAUUAAUAAAUAUUAAAAUGCAUUGUC